AUGUCGCGAGAAAGAGCUAAUGAACGAGAACGAAACCGACAAAAGUCGUAAGUUUAGUCUGAUUCCUCUUGUGUUCCACUGUUAUCACGUUCUUAGGAUAGGCAAAGCUUUCAAUGCGUUACGCAGUCAUCUUCCGAAACAAUUGCGCGAUCGGAAACCGUCAAAAGCAGAAACGCUAAAGUCCGCCGUACAAUACAUAUCUCAUAUGUUGCGUGUAUUAGAAGCGGAAACGCAAAAAAGUAAGUUUUCAAUUCGGUGAUUUUUAAAAUGAUUAGUUCUUGCAGAUUUUUCACCUGUAAUUAAAAAAGAGAUAGAUUUCGCAUACGCAACAAAUGUAUGGAUGCCUCCUGAACAAAACAAUGGCAGUUAA